GUUUUGCCGCGGUCUUCCAAAGUGGUUUUGUCAAUGAGGGGCUGCUCGCAGUCAGCAAUUACUGCACCCUUCCGCCAUAACGAUCCCCAAGUACACAAAUCAGCUCUCUUUCGACGUUGAAUCGACUUUUUCUAGGCUCUUGGUAUCAGGCUGUACUCAUUCGAGACAUUGGAACCUCAAAACACGAUCCACAAUGGCCGGGCUCAAAGAAGGGGACCAAUUUCCUCCAGAUGUUGUCUUCUCCUACGUUCCCUACACCCCCGAAAGCGCGGCCAUCACCAGUUGUGGCAUCCCACAAAACUACAAUGCGUCGAAAGAAUGGGCGGAUAAAAAGGUUGUCCUCUUCGCCGUGCCCGGCGCUUUUACUCCCGGGUGCAGCGUGAGGCACCUCCCCGGUUACAUUGACGCGCUACAGGAUAUCAAGGGGAAGAAGGUGGAUAUAGUGGCUGUUUUGGCCUUUAACGAUGCUUGGGUUAUGAGCGCCUGGGGAAAGGCGAAUGGAAUUAAAGAUGAGAUUCUGUUCCUUUCCGACCCGGAAACCAAAUUCUCGAAAUCCAUCGGCUGGAAUCUCGGCGAGCGAUGCGCGCGGUAUGCCAUGAUCAUCGACCACGGCAAGGUCGUUUACGCAGAGAAGGAACCUGGCCGGGACGUAACGGUCUCGGGAGCCGCAGCUGUGCUCGCUAAACUAUGACAUCGCCCUGCAGAUAAAGUGCCUGGACCUAUCGACGCACUGGAUGCAUGACCGACGGUCCGAUGCAUAUCUAGAUAUAGGAUCGGGAAGAGCUCUGUCCCGAACUCGUAUUUAUGCAAUCCAGAACAAAAAAGGAGAAGUCAGGGGAUCUACUCAAAUCUACUUUAACGUGUGCACUAGACUGCGCGUCAGAAUGAAGUAGAUCAAGAUAGAUAUAGAUACAAGUCACUGUUGCCCGCCAUGGUUUGGUAUCUGACGCCUUUCGCUGCUUUGGUUCAUCCCUGGGGUUUGGUGAAGUCGAUCCCUCAAUUUUCGCUGAAAACAGAAACUGGCAGAAAGGAUGCCAGGCAUCCAAAACAAUCAUGGCAUGCGCAGCAGGUCCUCAAAGUCUGGUAACCUUCGCUUU